AUGGAAGCCACUCUUACUACCCCGACAAUUCUAGUAGUUGGAGGUGGCUUUGCAGGCCGAGCAGCCGUCCGGCAUUUCUUGGAUUCCCAAGUUCCAGCUCGCGUUGUUCUAGUUGACGAAAAGCCCUUCUUUGAGUUCACGCCCUCAGUUCUACGUUGCAUCGUGCAACCGAGCCACAUCGGGAAGAUUACAUUCAAUCAGCAAACCCAUCCUGAUCUCGAAUUCUUGGAAGGCCGUGUUACUUGCCUCUCGGAGACGGCGGCAACUGUGUUUAAUAUUGCUGAUGGAGUCACAUCGACCAUCCCGUAUGACUUUUGUGUAUGGGCGACUGGUGUUAAGCAUGCGCCCCCGAUUAAGCUCCAUGCUGGCAAUGCGAAAUCAACGACUGCGACUCGACGAGAGGAGUUUGAGUCCUUUCGAAGGAAAGCUUUCCAAGCGAAAGAGUGGGUGUCAAACAUGAUCCCUUUCUGCUCUUACUAUUCAUUCUUAGAGAGCAUAGCUAACUUAUGUGUCAACUUUCAGUAUUUUAAUCAUUGGCGCAGGGCCGAUUGGCGUAGAACUGGCAGCUGA